GGUUUGAUUUGAUUUGGUUUGGCAAAAUUCACUCAUUUUCGAAUCAGUUUUGAAUAUGGGUACACGAUUAACAACAUUAGGUGCUGAUUCCGGUGUACCGGGUUUUUCACGUAUAUUCAGUUCGACUGGUUUACGAAAAUCAUUUUGGAUUGGUGUUGUAUUGAUAUUCAUUACAUUGACCGUUCGUGAUCUUAUUGAUUUGAUUAAAGAUUAUGUACAAUAUCCGGUUACGGUUAAUGUACGGAUUGCCGAUUCUCGUGUAUUACCAUUUCCGGCCAUAACGAUUUGUAAUCUAAAUCUUGUACAUCGAUCAAGAUUUUGUGCAGCAAAAAAUGUUGAAAAACCUGAUAUUAUUGAAAAUAUUUUAUGUGCAAAAAUUGGUGAUAUGUUGAAUCAAUGUAAAAUUUCAAAUAUGAUGGAAGAUUUAAUGGAUGAAGGUGAAAGUAUUUGUGGAUUGAAAAAAUCAUCGAAAAAAACCGAUCAAUCUGGUAAUAAUGGUGAUAAUAAUAAUCGUCGUCGUGGACAGGGUGGUCGUUUACGUGGAAAACGACAACUAAAAUUACAGGAUAUAUUGAAAACAGUACGUGAAGUUGGUAAUGCUGUACGUGGUGACGGACAAAAAGGUUCAAGCAUUAUUGAUAUUUAUAAUGAUUUUCAAGAUUCAGUUAAAUCAAUGGCCGAUGGUACUGGUGGACCAUUAGAUGAAACAUUAACACAAUUGGCAAAUUUUCUUGGUUUUAAUGUAUCAAAUAGUUUGGAUAUCAUUCCAAUGUUGUUUAUGAAAGCAUUUACCGAUACAACUGGUUGUCGUUUAGGUAGCAGUGAUGUUGGUGAUAUACUGCCGGAUAAUAUUCGAUUAACAUUGAAAAAAUUGACGAAAACAUUUAUGAAUCGUGAAUGUUUAUUUAAAACACCACGUUUGAUAAGAUUAUUUCAUGAUACAUCACAAAAAAUUGUUAAAUCAUUGAAUAAUUGUACAACACCAUGGUUGGAAACAUUAAAAUCAAGUGUUAAGAAAGGUGAAACACCAUGGUUUUUCCUGCUAGAUCUUUUAUCAUCAUGGCUGGCUGAUUUGGCUAAAAAUCGUCCAGAAGAUGCAAAAAUUAUCGGUCAUCAUGGACCAGAUUUGAUUAAACAAUGUAUAUUCGCUGGUCGUACUUGUAGUCCAACGAAAGAUUUUAGUCAUUUUUUCUAUAAUUCAUAUGGUAAUUGUUAUACUUAUAAUCUUAAUAUUGAUAAUUUAAAAGUACAGGAUUCAUUAUCCGGAUUUACUGGGCCAAAAUUUGGCCUAGAAAUUGUAUUGAAUUUAGAAACCGAACAAUAUAUGCCAACAUCACGUGAAUCUGGGGCAAAAAUUGUUAUACAUGAUAGUACGGCAAGAGCUGAUCCGGAUCAAGAUUCCGUACAUGUUGCACCAGGUCUUGUUACAUAUAUCGGUGUACGUAUGGUAAAUAUAACACGAUUACCACAUCCAUAUCCGGAUAAAUGUUCAAAUGUAUGGCGUGAUCGUGGCCUAGAAAAAUGGGCAAGAGAAUUAAAUUAUGAUGCUUAUUCAACACAAAUUUGUUUGAAAUUAUGUUUACAACGUUUUACAAUAAUGUAUUGUAAUUGUUGGAUACCAUCAUCACCACCACCAAAACAAGAUAUAUCACAAUGUAAUAAUCGUAAACAAAAAGAAGAUGAACGUUGUACAGAAGAAAUUCGUCAAAUGUAUUAUAAUGAAACAAUUAAUUGUGAUUGUCCACCUAGAUGUACGGAAUUAUCAUUUGAAAAAUUUGUAUCAACCGGACAAGAAUUGCAACAAUGUUCAAUAUUAACAACAGCAAAUUUUGGUGGCAAAAAUAAUCCAAAUGGUAACAAUAAUGAAGUAGUAGAAAUAGUCAACAAUAAAAAUGAGGAUGAUGAUGAUGAUUCGAAUGAUGAAGAUGCGGAAAUGAAAUUGGAUAAAAAUAAUUUGGCCAAAGUUGUUGUUUAUUUUCAAUCAUUAAGCUAUCAAGAAAUAACACAAUAUCCAAAAUAUACUGUUACAACAUUAUUGGGAGCAAUUGGUGGUAUACUUGGUGUUUAUAUGGGUUUUUCAUUUCUUGCUUUAUUCGAAGUAUUUGAUCUAUUUGGUAGGGUAUUUUGUUGUAUUGUACCACCAUCAUCAUCAUCGUCGAAUGAACGAAUUAAAUCAGCAAGUUUACAACCAUUACAUCAUCCACAACAACAACUACAAUUAUCACCAACAAAUUCAAUCAAAAGUAAUGAAUCAUUGAUUAAAUCAAUAAAUAUUAAAUCACGAAUGGCAAAACAUUAG